CGAUUGUAAUGCCAACGUUGACGGCACGCGGAUGGCGUUCGCGUCGCGAGUUGUGUUUGAAAAUAAUGAAAAUGUAUUUUCGUUAAAGCCAAAGCUGAGAAUCGAAGUUAAAAUAAAUCAUGUAUAAGCAAAUCGAAGAAGCCAAAGCGUCGCAGCCAAAGAUGAAAUCAACAAUCAGAAAUUGCCAGUCAUAAAAAAAGGGAAAGAAAAGGAACCCAAAGUGCUUCCAAAUAUAAACUUCCAUAACUAUGGAAACUGAUAACCGUGGACGACAUCCAGCUAUGACCACCGCCUCCAGCACCAUCAUACCACGCAAUGGCGGCUUCUGUGGUGCACUGCAGCGGGCGCCUCCUUCAAUUCCCCCCGGUUUGGCCCGACGCCUUUCCAGUCGCGAAUGUUACGGCGUUGGCAAAGUGAAAGUCAUGUUACGGGUCGCGGACAAGGUGUCCGCCUCGGGAGAACCUCAUUUCAUGGCGCUGGACAAGAAGAAGCGCCAGGUGACCCUCACAGAUCCCAAGAAUGUUUGUGCUCCCCAAGCCCAGGAACGGGCUCCCAUGGUGGCUGCACCCAAAAUGUUUGCAUUCGACAAUUUAUUUAGUGUGGAGGAUAAACAGUCGGAUGUCUGUGCAGCUGCUUUGAGCGAAGUAAUUCCCGCCGUGCUCGAGGGCUCCGAUGGUUGUCUGCUGGCCAUGGGAUACCCGGGUACGGGUCAACCGCAGACGGUGCUGGGCGAUCUGGGAUCGGGCGCCUUAGGGGCAGCGCCCUGUGCCAUUGCCUGGCUGUACAAGGGCAUUCAGGAGCGGAGGCAGAAGAGCGGGGCAAGAUUCUCGGUGCGUGUUAGCGCCGUUGGCGUUAGUGCGACCAAACCGGAUGCUCUCUCCACGGAUCUGCUCAUCUCGCAUGCGGCUGAAUCUGACGACUCCCCGGGGAUUUAUUUGCGUGACGACUUCCUUGGCGGCCCAACGGAGCUACGUGCCCCCACCGCUGAGCGUGCGGCCCUCUUCCUUGACUCGGCCCUCGCCGGACGCUUAAAAAGUUCCGGCGCUGGCAAUUCCUCCUCCAACGCAAGCACGAAUCCCAACUCCUCCAACUCCAACUCCAGUUCAAACUCGAACUCAAACUCAUCGACACUGGAGUCCGCCCUCAUCUUUACGCUGCACGUCUACCAAUACAGCCUGUCCCGCAAAGGGGGUGUUGCCGGCGGUCGCAGCCGUUUACAUAUCAUCGACUUGGGCGGCUGUGCCAAUCGCAGCGGGGGAUUGCCGCUCUCGGGAAUUGGCAACAUACUGUUGGCCAUAUUGAGCGGGCAAAGGCAUCCGCCGCACAAGGACCACCCGUUGACGCCGCUGCUUAAGGAUUGCUUGGCACCCAUUACCUGCCAUGUGGCAAUUGUCGCACAUGUGCUGCACGAGCAGAGCUAUCAGGAUGCACUCUCCACCAUUCAGAUUGCCUCUCGCAUUCAUCGCUUGAGGCGCCGCAAGCAUCGUGUUCCCAUGCCCCUUGCUGUGGGCUUAGCCCAGGGAUUGAACUCUGGUGCGGGAGGCUCAUCAGCCGGUUCGGGUGCGGAUCCAUCGAGUUCGGAGAUCUCAGCUGACACUGUCAUCUAUAUGGGACCCCAUGAUGAUGCCACCGACGGCGAGCAUCCUCCCGUUUAUCUGCCCUCACUUAGCGCAGGAGAUAACCGAGGUCUCCUCAGCAAGGCCCUCAAGGGCAGCGGCGCUGAGAAGCCAACAGCUCAACCAAAAUCCAACUGUGCCAGUCCAUUGAUGAAAAAGGCCGCCCUCGAAAAGGCCAAAAAGCAGCAGCCAACGCUGAGCAACACUGGCAGCCUGAAGAGACACAACACCGCAGGGAACGGUCCUUCCACCUCCUCCAUGGGAACUGCACAAAGUGCCUUGUCUCAUGAGCUGCCUCCGCCUGGAUCUCCCCUACCACGACACAUGUGCUCCAAGGCCUCGAAUAUGCCCACGCCGAAGGGAUCCCCAUUACGUAGGCCACAUGGAACGACACCAGGAGCUGCACUGGAGCAGCUGGAGGCGGGCAUGAGGAAGAUCACGGAGGAGCAGUGGAUUGAUGGGCCUCGGGUGUCGAGAGCUAAGGUGGCUGAGGCGCGACAUCUGAUGCGGGAGGUGAAUCAUGUCAAGCAGUGCGAGACUUGGGUAGAUGGACCCAAAUCACAGUCAUGUCGAUCCCUCACAGCGGGGAAUUUACCGACGGCUGCCCAGACACAGGGAUAUGGCUUCAUGGAUGCGCAUAAGAAGACCAUGAUACGGCAGUGGGUAGAGAAUCAGACCUCGCAAGUCUUCCAGACUACGGCCAGUACAGUCUCCGCCAGCAAUUCCCCCACAGCGUUGCACUUGAAACUCUCCCAACUGAAGCAAAAGUCGCUGGAUCUGCCGGAGAGGACAGCAUUCCAGCCAGAGGCAUCAUUGGAUCUGGCCCAGGGCUUUGACAGUCUCCCGCUGUUAGGCAGCUGUCUGGAUGUGCCAGCGGUAGAUGGCGAUGAUCAGGACAGCGGUCCCUCCGAGGUGCCACCAGCGUUGCCGCUGCUCGAUGACCCUCUCGGCUCUCGGGACAUCUCCCACGACAGUCUGCAUCGCAUGCUCUCGCGUCAUGUGUCGAGGGAGCAGCUCCAUGAGGCUGAACUGGCCGCCAGUCGCGCCUCAUCGCAGCAUCCCUCGCAGCGCAGCAUCGAUUGUGGCAUGCAGGUGACGGAGGAGGAGAUUGCACGCACCAUGGCCAGGGAAAGGGAAAGGGAACGCGAAAGGGAGCAUGCUCAUCCCCUGUCUGCACUAAGUCAUUGCGACAACUUGUCCUUUGUGUCCAGCUUCAACAUGGCCUGUGAAUCCUUCAGCGAGUGCGGAGAACGUGCCAGACACCAAUUUGAUCAGCUGGCCAGGCUGCAUGAGAUCUUCACCUCACAGUUGGCCAUGGCGGAGGUGACUCCCUCGGCGGCCCUUUAUCGCACGGAUGUGGGCAGUGUGUUCAGUGAGCCUGCCUUCAGAUUCAAUGUUGGACAGAGCAGUGUGUGCAGUGAGCCUGCCUAUCGCCUGACUCCGAGUCCUCCCAAGCAGCCCUCGCACAGUCCCAGUCAGGGUUCGCUGCCCAGUUUAAAUGGCAUUAUGGAAAUCGCUGGCAUGGAUGAUUAUGCAUUGCUGAGGCAACCGGACGGCGCUUCCGAUCCGAGUCUUCCGAAAAGCGAGAAACGUUUUGCGCCGCAACAUGAUGACAUCAGUGAGCUGGAGGAGAAGUCCAUGGCGACGGCAAAGAGGAGCAACUCUCUGGAGGAUGCACAACACAAGUUGAAUGAGAUCACAAAUAUCUUACCACUGGCGGCACAAUCUCGGCUGCCGUUGCUGCCACUUAACACUAGCUCGGAGGCCUAUGACAGUGGACAUGAUUCCUCUACGCCGAGGACGUCAAAGCAUUCGGGAAUCUCACGGCGUGCGGAGAGUGGCUAUCACAGUGUGGCCACCGUGAGGGACUCGGAUGAGAGCAGCUUUGCGUCGGGCAUGUCGAAGAACCAGCGACAUCGCAUAACCAUAUCAGGUGGCAACUAUCAGAGGCACGGCAAGAAGCGUCAGAGACACGAGGGUGGCAACAAGGGACUCUGCAAUUGGCUGCUCAAUCCAUUCUCCUGCACCUAUCCAGAGACUGAGGGCGAAAUCAGUGAUUUCUAGGGGGACAGACAGAGAUAGAGAGAGAGAGAGAGAGAGAGAGAGAGAUUUAAACAGAUGGAGAAGAGUGUUGUCCACACCCACCAAGAGAGUAAACAGAGCUAGUCCAGCAUUUAAAUGGCCAAAGAUUUAUACCACACACACACACAUCAUUAUCACAUAUGGAGGACACACACUCUUUGGUGGAUCUCAAAAAAAAAAAUAUACCAAAAAAAAAAAGAUGAUAGAAAACGGAAAAGAGAAAUGAAAAUAUUUACAGCGACUGAUUAACUUUUACUUGGCGCCGGCAGCCACAAUACAAUUUUAAAGAUAAUCGAAAACUCGAAUCUAAUCUAACCCAACUACCUAAUUAUACCUUAUAACUAUGCUAUAAAAGAGGCGCCACACACUCACUCAUUCACUCAAUCACUCACUCAUUCACUCACUCACUAAUACACGCAUUAGUUCAAACGGGGCUUUAAGCAUCUUAAGUUGCCAGCUAGCAUAAUGAAAAUACAAUUUUAUUACGGGUACUCACGCUACAAACUCAAGUUUUUGAGAUAAACUUUAUAA